AUGGCGGUGGGCUACCACCCCCGCAUGGAAGCCCCCUCCGCCAUUCCGCGGCCCAGCGGACUACCUACAUUAAGGCACUCGAGUGCGGGCGCCGUCACGACUGCCGGCCAACGGCACCGUCACGACGCUGGAACCGACGAGUGGCCGGCGGGGACCGCCAUUCCUCUGCCGGGAGACCCGGGGCAGUUUUACCUGGGCGAGUGGCGGAAGAGCUCCGAGGCGCAUCAGCACGCUGUGGGCGCGGGGGAACCGCAAAAGGCAUUGGCGGAUCAAAAGGCGGCGGAGGCGCAACAGGCAUGGGAGGCGGAAAAUGCAUGGGAGGCGCAAAAGGCGGCGGAGGCGCAAAAGGCGGAGGAGGCGCAAAAGGCGGAGGCGGCGCAAAAGGCAUCGGAUCUGAAGCGGAGGGUAAAGGAGCUGGAGCGAGCUAGCCGCGAGCAGGAGAAGGAACUCGCGUCGCUGAGAUCCCAGAAAAUUGCAGCAGAGCAGAGCCUGCGACGGGAAAGGGAAGCUUCCGCGUUGCUGCAGCAAAUGUUACAGCAGGAGCGGGAGACGAAGGCGGUGAUGCUCGCGGCACGCGAAGACGAGGCUGUCGAGAUCGACGGCGAGAAACGCGCUCUGAUUGCGCGGAGCAGGCAGCUGGCGGCGCGGGUGGAGCGAGCGGAGGAGCGAAUGGAGGGGCUGGAGCAGGAGAAGGAGGCCGUUAUACUCGAUCGCGACGCGAUUGCUAUGGAGUCGGAGGUGCUGGUGGAACGACUCGGGGAGGUGGAACAGACGGUGGAGAUGCUUCGGCAGGAGAACGUGAAUCUCGAGGCGGAGCUGCUGGCCGCACAGCGGUCGCGAGAUACGUACUGGACGCACAGUAUUGCACUGUACCAGGAUAAAGCAAAGCUGGAAGAGCAGUUAGCCCAACUGAGCAGCAUCAGCACCAACCUGGCCAACUCAGGAGGCAGGACCAAGGCUGCAACCACUGCGGGUAGAAAAAGCCAGACCCCUACCAGGGCAGGAACAGGCGGACCAGCAGCAGCAGCAGCGGGUGGCACCCGCCGAAACUCCCUCCCAUUUCCCAACCCACGCUCGUCAGCAACCCCUUUCUCCUCCCUAGAGACCUUCACCUCCCCUUUUGCACUCCACCCCACCGCUCUCAACUCCGCCCCACAGCUGCUGAAGCAGCAGCUCGCGUUUGGCACGGUGUACGAGUGCCCGCCGCUGCUCGCAUCAGCAUCCAUGUCAGCAUCCAUGUCAGCAUCCACGUCAGCAGCGACGGGUAUGGCACCGCACGGUGGGCUCGACAUGGUGCGAGCAGCCAGCAUUGGCAGUGGGACGCCUUCAACUGCUAAUGCUGCUGGUGGUGGUGGUGGUGCAUUUAGCAGUGCUGGGGCAGGGGGGUUUGACUCAGCAGGCAUGCGCAGGAGUGGGAGCUUUACUGCGUGCCAGACAUCAUCUUCCGCUCUCCUCACGCGCAGCCUCUCAAGCAACACGGCGGAGCACAGGGCACGGCAGGCCAGCAGCAUGAUGGCAGCAGUGGCAGCUGCUGCUGGUGGCAGGAGUGAGGGCAUGCUUGGAGCUGCAGGCCUGGCCGCGGUGCAUGAGGGCCCCGAAUGA